UUCUCCAUGUUGGGGGUAGGCUUUCUAGCUACAGUGUUACGGAAGAUGUCAUUCCUAGGUCGAGGAGCUAUGUUGAGUGCGACAAAGACAAGAGCAUGGACCCUUGCUAGGGCCUCUGCUCCCCUUGUCACCAAUGUGGGCCAACCAAUAUUACUGAGAUGUUCCCAAAGGUCACAACCCCUCUACACCGAUUUCUCUCGAUUAAGCAGCACAUCAGCCGGAGAGGAACCAGCAGAGUCCAGUCCAGUUGAAGAGAAAGUAUACCUCAGUGCAUCAUGUGUUAAGAGGUUAGGAGAGAUCAUGGAUAAGGGAGAGUACCUGAGAAUACAGGUGGAAGGGGGAGGCUGCUCUGGGUUCCAGUACAAGUUUAUCGUUGACAGUACUAGGAACGAGGAUGACAGGGUGUUUGAGCAGGGAGGGGUAAGGAUCAUUGUGGACCAAGAUAGCCUGGAGUUUGUGAAAGGCUCGACACUGGACUAUACUCAUGAGCUGAUCCGCUCCUCCUUCCAGAUGCUGAAGAACCCCCAGGCAGACCACGGCUGCUCCUGUGGAACCUCCUUCUCAGUCAAGUUAUGAGUCUCGGCCUGAGGCUUUCAGCUCUCAAACCCUCAUCCCCUACAUCCUUCACUAAGUCAUAAAAUUAUAUAUUCAGAGACCGUGUUCUCAUGGUUGCAUAAGUUAUUACACAAUUCACAGACGAUACUUGUAGCAACU